UUUUAUCCAUUCGAUCGCCGACCGCCGCGCCGCGCGCACGUCCGCCAUGUUUUAUUUAAUAGUGUUGUUAUUUACAAGUGCGUACGCGCAGACCAUAGUGAAUACUACGCAGGGCGAAGUGCAAGGUGCACAGGCGAAUGAUGGGAAUUAUUUAGUGUUUUAUGGAGUGCAUUAUGCCGGUUCGACGUCGGGGGCUAAUCGGUUCAAGGCACCGCCUCCACCAGCAGCAUAUCCUGGCGUCUUCCAUGCCAUCGACAGGACAGUCAUAUGCGCCCAUCCCACCCCCCGAGGAAUCGUAGGCGUGGAGGACUGUCUGGUCCUCAACAUCCACACAAAGAACGUCACCACGCCCAAACCAGUCAUGGUCAUCCUACUCGGAGAUGAGUACUCUUCUAUCGACAUCAAGCAGUACUCUUACAGAAGACUCGUUGAAUCUGACGUGGUUGUGGUGACCAUGAAUUACAGAUUGUCUAUCUUUGGAUUCUUAUGCUUGGGUGUGCCUGAAGCGCCAGGCAAUGCAGGAUUAAAGGAUGUAGUGCAAGGAUUAAAAUGGAUACGGGAUAAUAUUGCAGGAUUCGGCGGUGAUCCGAACAAUGUGCUUCUAUUUGGACAUGGUUCGGGAGCGGCUAUGGUAGAUCUGAUCACACUAUCUCCGUUAGCAACCAAUUUAGUUCAUAAAGCUAUAACGCAGAGUGGUUCUGCUUUAGCACCAUGGGCUAUUGCUUACGAACCUCUAAAAUAUGCCCAAGUUUUUGCAGAACAGCUCAGUUACACGGGGGAGACUCCAGGGGGACUGGCUAGCAAAAUAGUCGCAACUGACGUAUCCCUCUUGGCUCCAGCAUUACAGAGCCUUAGUUUCCUGAACAACUCCGUCCUUUUCGCUCCAUGCAUUGAAAACAAAGCUCUCAACGACACUUUCCUCACUGAAGCUCCCAUUGACUUGUUAAGAUCUGGCAACUACAGCCACAUUCCUUUUAUAGCCGGAUACACGGACAGAGAAGGCACGAUCAGAGCAGCCGAAGCGGUUAACGAGGGAUGGCUUGAAAGAAUGCAAACGAAUUUCACAGACUUCAUCCCGGUAGAUUUAGGAUUCAAUGCAACAACCAACAAAACCCUUGUAGCUAACAAUAUAAGAACGUUCUACUGGGAUAACAGAGCAGUGAAUAUGGAGACGAUAACAGAUUUCUUGAACUAUCAUGGAGAUACGGCAGUGGUUGUGUCUGUGAUAAGAGGGGCGAGGGAAAGAGCGUUAACCUCAAGAGCUGCCGUGAGACUCUUGGAGUUCACAUACAGAGGUACGAGGAAUUCCGAUUGGAUCUACCAUCAGAUCCCGAUCGACGGAGUCUGGCACGGCGCUGUUCUGAACUACCUGUUCGAUUACGACCUGAAGCCGGAGGAUGAGAACGCCAGGUCGUCUCUAGUCAGGCGCUUCGUAUCCUUCGCCAACACCGGAGAGCCCACCAACGACCAAGUGACCUGGUUACCUGUAACCGCCGGCGCUUUCAACUACCUCUACUACGCUGGCGACUCUUCGACUGCCCUCGUCACCCUCCAGGAAUCCGGCCGAGUCAACCCCCACUCCGGCCGUAUGACGUUCUGGAACACCCUAUAUGACGCGUAUUACGUGCGUCCACCGCGAGUGUCUUCGGCGGAUAAGAUAGUUGGCCUCGCUUUCGUGUUAGCGUUGGCGCAAGUUGUGCUUGCUUAUUUAUAAAUGUUAGGAUUUUUUAAACGUAUUCGUAUCUUAAGGCCUGUGCACACCGGCUUGCGUGUGCGUGACGUGCACGUGCGCGUGCGCUAAAAUGCUGGAGCCGCACACGCAUACGUCACGCAAGCGGUGUGCCGUCUCUCAUAAGGAUCUGUAUACUACAACGCCGCACGCGCACGUACACGUCACGCAUACGCAGCCGGUGUGCACAGGCCUUUAUUGAAUAUUAGGGCCAUUAAGGGCCAUUUACGGUAACUGAUCAGCAUUACUCAGCCCGUGACUCAGGUGACUAUGAAACUUUCCAUGCAAUAAAAUUUAGCUAACGUUUUAACGGUGACAGGCAAUGGUGCAAAACUUAUACUUUGUCAAUAGACAAUUAACACGUGAGUUGGAAAUUAUCCUACAGCUCUUUAGUACGUGACUAUACUAUAACUAAUAGAUCUUAAUAAGAUUGCCCUUUAGGAUAAGGUCAGACAAGCGAUUCAUGUAUCUUCAUCGAAAUGAUUGCGCAAGAGCUGUUUAAUAGGUUAUUCAAAUUUAAGAUAUAGGUACUUUUAAACAUUUUUUCCUCAGAAAGAGACGCGAUUUUUCAGAACUCAUGGGCAUUUUUAUCUGUAAGUAUUAAUAAUAAAAUAACUAUAGUGACGCACCAGGUGCGUCAUGGGUGAUGAGUGGGUUAAGCUGCGAUAACAGAGUAUACCUAUGGUUCAAGCGCAAAUUAUAUUAUAAAACAGUGAACCUUUAUAAAAUUUAAUGUACCUAUAAUAUUUGGACAUGAAAGUGCCAUAAAGUUAAUGCGGGAAUAUUGAAUUAAGUACUUCUAAAAUUUAAAUUCUACAGAUUUUUGCUAUGAUUAUGACAAUAUGAACGCACCAUUUAGAGAAUCGAAACUUGUAACCAACUAAGUAUACUUUGCUCUGUUUUUAAAAUGUAUAGUUUUUUUUUUCAUUUUUGCAUCACUACCUGACUAAGAGUGCGCAUUUUCAUAAUUACUUAUGCAUUUAUUAAAUCGUUAAUUACUUAACUUUAUUAAACCUAAUGACAUACUUAUGAUUGUUAACUAGAAAUAGACUUAAUAAAAUAGUUAAAUAACAUUUGUUAUUUUAAUAUUGUUAAUGAAUGUAAAAUAACGCCAAUUUUGUGAUAAUUCGUCCUAUUUAGCAUUUGACAAAACGUAUGAUUCUUUUGAUAUACAUAAGCGUACGUUUACAUCCUUUUAUUUAAUUCAGCAUACUGUUACAAAUUAUCUAGUUCAUAACAAUUAUUUACUUUUAGUGAAUAGAAUAAGAUAAUGAUUUAUUUAAUCUUUUGAACGCCAAACGGCGCGUCCCUUUGCCGUGUCACUGACGCCACGGGGGUAAAAUUUGGUUUUGUGAAUAAAUAAUGCCAGCCUAAACGUGGGAUGUUCAGUAGAUUUUCAUCAAAAAACGAUCGACGUCAAAUGCAGUCUUUGGCGUCGUUGUCACGAUUUUGCGUUGACGUCAAUUGCCGUCUGUGGCGUUCAAAAGGUAUUAUUCAGGUUUCCUUUGAACAUUGAUUUUAAAGAGCUUAUAAUAUUAUGAUUGAACUCUUAUUACGAUUACUAACACGCUGUGUGAAAAUAAUAUUAAUGGUGAUUGUGAGGACUAUUGUCUUAGAAGAUCUACUUUUCUAUUUAGUAUAUUAUUCCGUUGGUACUUUCUACAUCUUGCAUACUACUUAAAGCAUGGUAUUGCCAACUAUUACUUUCAUUAAAUAAAUGCUGUCUUAAAUAAAUUCGAUAAAUGUGCGCGUGUACGAAUAUCGAACCUACUACUAAUUCGCGACUUUUUGUUGUCAGAAAUGUUCGCUAGACCUGUGUUUUUCAAACUGUAAAGGUCCCCUGGGAGGUCGCGAAGGCUCUGCCAGCCUUGAAACAAUACAUAAGCGAAACAUUUUGUUCGUACUAAGGGGGUCGCGUCAUGAAAAAGUUUGAAAAACACCUUGCGGCUAGACCAUCUACAUUUUUUUGCAUGCCAUAUUGAUCGCGAUAAUACAGUACAGCUAUAAAUAUCUACACUACGGUGGAAAUUAAAAUGUGUUAAACCUUGACAACAGAGUGCCUAACUACCUAUUAAGAUAAUUAUAAGCAAGUUGUUUCAGUUAUUUAUUAUACUGGUAUUACGUCCGAUAUAAUUGAUGACAACUGUACCACCUGCAAUAAUAUGUUACUCUUCGAAGGCCGCAAAAAUAUGUGACACGCUCUUAUGGCUCUACAAAUACGAUCGUGUCAGAUAUUUUUGCGGUCUUUGUUGUGUAACAUAUUAUUGCAGGUGAAUGUACACGCCAAUAUAGAUACCUAAGACAUUUUCAGUAUUUUGUAACCAGUGUCCUUAAGUAUUAUAUGUUAUAAUGAAUACAGUAAUUACAUUUUA